AUGAACGAGAGGAUAUACGAAUUAGACAGGCAAGGCGAUAUCACCUUCCUCAUCUACGAUGUCCCCGAGUCCCUCCCACAAACCCUAGACCAACUUCACCCCCUCUUCCUGGAUGGUUCAAUACCAAAAAGCACCUCACCUGCAGCGGAGGGAGACGAAACCAACCAAACCCCCCAAGCAGUACUCAAGAUCCGCGCCUCCUCAAAACACCUUACCCUCGCCUGCCCCCAGUUCGCCCGCACCCUGCACAGCGACUUCCAGGAAUCCCAAGACCUCCAUCAAAAAGGCCACCUGGACCUCGAAAUCGACAACUGGGAUCCCGCCGCCUUCCCAAUCCUCAUGCUCAUCCUGCACGGGCGCACGCGUCCCGUCCCGAGGAAACUGACGCUCAGCAAAUUCGUCGACUUCGCCGUGUUGGUCGAUUACUACGAGUGCUACGAGGCGGUCGAGGUCUUCACCGAUAUGUGGAUCAGGUCGCUGAAGAAGACGGCUACGGCUUCGAUGUCGUUGGCCCAGGUGGAGGAGUGGCUGUUUGUCUCCUGGGUGUUCCAGCAUCGGCAGAGUUUUGCGCUGGCGUGCGGGUAUCUUCGGGGGAAUUUGACCAGCAGAUUCUGUCCUGAGUUGCCGGUUCCACAGCGAGUAUGCGAUGCGAUUGAUCGUGCACGGGAGGAUGCUAUAAGCAGGAUUCUCGACCGGUUGCAUGGCCGGGUGGCGGUGCUGCGCUCGGACAAGGUGCAGUGCUCGUAUGAGUGUGACUGCGUGCUUCUUGGGGCGCUCACGAGGCACAUGCAUCGGCUGGGGAUUCUGGAGAGACCGGCGCCGCCUUUUGAGGGGAUCGCGGUCGAGCAGCUGGCGGGGGUGGUGGUGCCGAGGUGGUACGAGCGCGGCGGCGAGAUCCAGCAUUCGUGUUUGGCGACGCUGGAUUUCAAUUCCUCGCUGAGGGGUUCUGGGGAUGCGCUGAAGGUUGUGGAUUUGGACCAGUUGACCGAGUUAAGGAGGAAACGUCUAUGUCUAUAUGCAAAUUACAAUGUAAUUUGGAACCGCGGAUGCGUGCGUAUCCUCGCCCCAAAUAUGCUCACCCCAAACUUCCAAAACAGCAUCGGACACAAGCACAUCGCCAGCGCAAUAAACGCCAGCACCGAAUUCCCCCACCCCAGCCCCAGCGACUCAUACAUCGACGGCCCCGCCAGCGGGAGCACCGCACCGAUCAACGACCGCAGAACUGUGCUCGCGGCCGUCACUGAAGCACAUGUACCUAUUCGCCGGCAUGAAGACGGUCAUGAGCCCAAUGGCAAAGACGUCUGUCCCGAGGAUCGGCACGAUCCAGUGCACCCCUGCCUCGGCGGACCAGCCCCCCGCGGGGACGAACUAGCAUCUGAACAGCAUGGGCGGGAGCCGGGACUCCGAGGUGAAGCAGCCGCGAGCGGAGUGGGCGGCGGCGAUGCGGUUGGCCAUAACGCCGUAGACGACAAGGCCGAUGACGCAGCCGAUGCCGAAGCACAGGUAGGCGAGGCCGGCCGGGCCGGGGGAGAAGCCGUACUUAGUUUCGAAGAUGGAGAUGGUGGUGAAUAUGAGGUAGCGGUAGCCGUAGCGCGCUUUCUUCUUGACCGGCCAGUUGAAGGGAUUGGUGAUACCAUCGGGGCCAUCCCAACUGACCAGAUUCGGGUCUUCUCUGGGAAGAUCAUGUUGAUCUUGUGA